GUUGCAGUUUCUAUUUGCGUGCGUCGCUUAAAUAAAAUUUGUGAGCUAGUGAUACGUAACAUAUUUAGAAUUAUCAAACAAAUAUAUAAUAAUAAUUAGUUUUGUGUGCCAUUCAAAAACAUUUUGCAAUGCCGUCAGAAUGCGUAUUUGAGUUCGAUCGUCCCAAUCCGAUCUAUUACAGUGGUGAAACAAUUAAUGGACGUAUAAGUCUAAGAACAACAAGCAGCAAAUCUGUCAAUGCGGUCUACAUUCUCUUUGAGGGCGAGGCAAAGGUUCGCUGGGAGGAGCGCCGUACGAGGACUGUAAAUGGAAAAUCGCAAUCAUAUACGGAACAUUUUCGAGGUCAUGAGUCUUACCUUAACACUAGAACCAACGUUUUUGGAGAGGGAGAAUUGCCACCAGGAACCCACACUUAUACGUUCUGCAUUCCGCUCCCACUGGAAUGCCCGACAUCUUGUGUCGAAAAGUAUGGAAAGAUUUCAUACGAGGUGCAACUCGUUCUUGAUCGUUCCUGGCGAUUCAAUAAUGUAUUCAAGCAACCGAUAACAGUCCUUCAAACUUAUAAUCUCAACAUGUACUCGGAUCUACUGUUACCAUUGAAAAAUGAGGACAUUAAGUAUUUUUGCUGCUGGCCUUGUUCAUCGGGUCCUGUAAUCUCAACUCUCAUAAUACCGUUUGGCGGCUAUGCUCCUGGUCAAAAGAUUAACUACACACUGCACAUUGAUAAUCGAUCAGUUGGCUACGAUCUAGAGGGCAUCGAAAUAUCCCUUAGGCAGAAAUAUGAAUUUAAAGCGUCCACGCCUCAUCACAAAUAUAAGGAGCAUACGAAUACUUUGGCCACUGAGUUCCAGGCUGAACGAGUGCUCCGUCUCUCUAAACGCGAAAUAAAUGCCACUUUAGUGAUACCACCAGUUCCACCAACUUCACGAACCAGUCGCAUAAUCAACGUAUCUUAUUCGAUUUUAAUGGCUAUUAAGACGGGCGACUGCCACACUGAUUCUGAAAUAGAAAUGCCGAUCAUAAUUGGUACAAUACCUCUAGCACAAAGUGCUGUGAAUCCCACAACUGCGGCUCAAUGGAUACCUCAAACUCCGGAUACUCCUGCUGGAGCAGCCGCCGAUAUGCCUCCAAGUUACGACAACUGCAAACCGCCACCAUUCGAGGCAGCAACACAUAUUGGAGAAAAGUUUAUCGAUACAGAUGUUAAUGAACAUGAUCGCACUGAUGAUUUUAUACCUCGCUAUCCAAUGUACACCAAUUUCGCUACUCCCUCGGCUCCACCUCCAGAGGCAGGAUAUAGACCGGAUGCGCCCCUAUUACAUAUGCCAACUGCACCUCCUCAGUACAAUUGAAUUGAUACUACGUAUACUUUAUACUGGAGAAAUAUGCUUUAUAAAUGUUUUUGAACCUCACUAUGAUAAGAAAAAAUGCUUAAAAUCUUUGUAUUUCGAUAUUUGCCUGCGAUACUUACUUUUUAUAUGGCACUUUAGGAUCAAAUGAAUUGCAUGGUUGUUCCAUGUCUAUUGAUAUUAAAAAGUGCAUUUUUAGUAAUAAUCUGCCAAAAUAAAGUUUUUUGAAGAGAAACAUA